AUGUACAUCAAGCUGGAAACAACACGACUUGAAUAUUUUAGACAGGAGCAAUCAAAUCUUAGAAGGGAAAUAUUGCAAGAUAUCUAUGACAACAUCCUAGCAGGAGAAAUUAGAGGAGCUAAAGUAGGUCAGAGAGUAAUACUUCCUGCAUCAUUCAUCAGAGGUCCUAGGGACAUGCGUCGUAGAUGUAUGGAUGCAAUGUCUUUGGUUCAACGUUUUGGAAAAUCAGAUCUAUUUAUCACAAUGACAUGUAAUUCUAAUUGGGUAGAGAUCAAAGAAAAUUUGUUACAAGGACAACUUCCUCAAGACAGACCUGACUUGGGAUACAAGAUGACAUCGCCCGACGAUUAUGACAAGUUUAUUGCCGCUAAACUUCCUGAUAAAAAAGAAUUUUCGAUCUUGUAUGAUUUGGUUGUCAAGCAUAUGAUGCAUGGUCCAUGUGGAAAGAAUAGUCCAGCAAAUUCAUGUAUGAAAGAUGGACAAUGCAAGAAUCACUAUCCUCGGUCAUUUAGUAAUAAAUUAAUACAAAGAAAGGAUGGAUAUCCUAUUUAUAAGAGGCGAAAUGAUGGAAAAAGGGAAAAGGUCCGAGGCUUGACAAUGAACAAUCAGUGGGUCGUUUCAUAUAAUCCUUAUAUGCUGACAAGAUAUAAUUGCCACAUCAACUUCGAGUCUUGUUUGGGAGUAAAAGCGAUAAAGUAUCUCUACAAGUACAUAUAUAAAGGUCAUGAUAGGUGUGCUGUUUAUCUCGAGAUGGAUGAUGGAGAAAAACUCAUCGACGAAAUUCGCAACUUUCAAGAUGCACGGUGGGUGACUGCACUCGAAGCACUAUGGAGAAUUUAUGAAUUCAAUCUCAGUGAAAUGCAGCCUCCG